UCUAAAUGUCUAUUUGUUUGCUAAAUGCAAAGGCUGUGCAACUUGUGGGUGUCCUCUGAACAAUUUGAAAGUGGUUUGAGGUUUUUCAAACUUUUUUUGUAAAAACCAAAGGCUGCUCAACAUGUUAUUUUUUUUCACUGAACAGUCGGAAAGUGGUUUGGGGUUUCUAAGCCACAUGGUUAAAAAACUAUUAAAUACAUAACUUUGAGGCAUGUAAUUUAUUGACGGUCCCUAACCAUAAGCAGACCGCUGUAUACAUGGUUCUACACACCGGGUUAUGGAGUGGCUAGUCUGGGAAAACAGGACCUGAUGUCGGGUUUUGAAUAAACGUUGAAUAUCCAAAAUCGAUUUUCAAACGAACUUUACCUCGGUCCAAUAUACACACAAUACCCAUAAUAACAAGGCUAAAACACUUUUUAGACAUUUGUGCCGAUUUAUUGAAAAUAAUAAAACUAAAAUCUCAAUAUGUACGGUUUAAGUACUAUAAUCGUUUUUGGCGGCGAUCACAACUCUUCUAUGUCAAUUGUAUUUACAAGCAGUAGCAGAAGCGAAAAUACCGUGUUAAGCGAUAAGUCCAGCUUUUGGGAACUUACAGUCCUGAGCAAAUGACUACGUGUGAACACGUAUGUGCUCUCUCCCUCAGUAGCGUAGAUAAUUUAGUCUGUUAUAAGAAGCAUUAUCUUUUUCUGGUGUUUCUUAUUUUAUGCUUGGUUCUUGGAGAGUAAGUAAGAAAGAGAGAAAAAGUGGCGCUGUCGACAAGGAUUCCGGUAGACGUGUAAAAGAGGUCUCAACCGGGACAGACAGACGUCACGAGUGUGUGGGAAAGUGCUGUGUAUGAGAGAAUGUGUAUUAGAUGGGAAGUAUGGUUUGUGAGGCAGGGAGACUACAUGUAUCAAUUUACAGUGUUUGAAAACAAUGGGGAAACAUGGUUUUCUAAAUGGAAAGGCUAUAGUAUUUGCUCCACUGGUUUUGUUUGUGGUGCGCUUGCCUACAUUAUCCUCAGAUAUUCACAAUAGGUUUCAGGCUUUGGUCUGAAACUAAUGUGAAGCAGAUACAGGAACAUAGGUUUAAGGCAAAAGGUCUGAAUACUAAUGUACAUGAUCAUUUUUUGUUGUUGUUAAAUUGGCACACAUUUAAAAAAAGCAUUUGUCAUUAUAUGGUAUUGCAAAAAAAUUGAUGCAAAAAAGAACUAUUAGAAAUGUAAUCAAUAACACAACAAAAUGUGGGAAAAGGCGUGUGAAUACUUUACAAAGCUAAUGUAUAUAAUAUUAGAUUUUUUGUUUCUCUGAAGAGUACAAAAUACCAGUUUGGUAGAACCUUUAAUCACUAUCAUGGCAUCGGAAUACCAUUAAUGUUCCUGCUCUGGUAGUCACCAAAUAAUAUGAAAGUACCAUGGUUUGGUACACAAAAGGUUAGAUUUGUUUGUGAAUUUAUUUUUGUUGCCUCUGUCCCAACAAUCAAUCAAAUGUCUCAAUAUCACAAUGUUUGAUAUAUUGUCCUUGUAAUAUUUUCUAUUGAGUAUAGGGUUUAUAUGAUUUGCACAUUUGCAUUCUGUUUUAAUUUACAUUUCACCCUGCAUCCCAACUUUUUUGGAAAAGAGGUUGUAUAUUAUACAGAACAUAUGGGAGACUUUUUACAGUACAUGUGAAAUACUGUAUAUUUGUCAGGAAAUAUCUUUUUUAAACUUUUUUUGUUUAUCCGUGCUCUCAUUGGUUUUCAUUUAAACAUUUAUUUUGGACCCCCCUGCCCAGUCCCAUCUUAAACCCAUAGAUGGAGUAUUCCACUAAGACAGUUGCUGCUGGCUGCUUUGGGAAGAUAUACAAGGAGAAGUAUAAUGGCACUUGGGCUGCAAUCAAGAAAGUACCACAACACUUAAUCAACAGGAAAGACUUGGAGAGAGAGUGUAAAAUAUAUAAUAAAGCGGUACAUCCUAAUAUAGUGAAGCUUCUGGGUAAUCCAAUACUCAAGGACUCAAAGUGGAUCAUUCCCAUGGAAUUCAUCUUUGGAGAGGAACUGGAGACCACAAUCUUCACAACAUUCAAAUCUAAAAUACAGUUGACUCAAUCUAUAAAGGCUACCAUCAUCACAGGCAUGUGUGAAGGACUACUUCACCUACACAGCAAAAACAUCGUCCAUCAGGACCUCAAACCUGACAACAUCAUGAUAGAGCAUGGAAGUUACAGAGCUGUGAUCAUUGAUAUGGGACUGGCCAAAUUCUCCCGCAAUGGCCUCAGUUCUGCGGUGGAUAUGGGCAACGAGGCCUACUCUCCCCCUGAGGUCCUGCAGAGGACAAGCCCACGAGACCAGCGCUCAGAUGUGUGGGCAAUGGGAAAAAUCAUUGCUGAACUUUGUGCCAGAGUGCGGCUGCAUACCCCGAGUGUCUGUCCAGAAAAGAUCCAGCAGACCCUCAGUCAUCAAGGCCAACAGUACUGUAAUGCUGUCUGUAGGAUGGUGCAGAGUGACCCCAGAUUACGGGCCACUAUGGCUGAGGUCAUCCCGGAGAUACGAAGAGCAGGAGAUAAUGGCGGCAACACCAGGGGACAACAAACGGCAAAUAUUCAGAAACCCUUUCCUCGCACUGAGGUGAAAGCUCAACCAAUGCCUGAGGUCAAGAUGCUUGUACGAGCUCCAGUGCGAGCGCCAUCUCCAUCUAGAUGGGAGCGUGCUGCAGCUCCAAACCCUGAGGUCAAGAUAACACCAAGUCCUAAAGCUCCUGUACAACGGUCACAGUCUCCAUUAGGAUUUGAGCACAAAGCCCCACCAAGGCCUGAGAUCAAGACGCUAGAACGAGCUCCUGUGCGUGGACCUAUGCCGUCUAGAUUUGAGCGUGUAGCCUGGCAAAAGACAGAGGUUGAGACUGAUGUCCAGACAACAAUGGUACCUCUAGCAUCUCCAAAAGCUGAGGGAGAACCUGAGUCCUUGGACCACGCCUCGAAACGAACUUGCCGGAAGACCCCUUGCUGUCUCUGUUGCUGAUCUGGAUUCUUCCUGCGGGCACAGCCAAGCUGUUCCCAUUUGUAUUUAUUGACCUCCUGGACGUCUGAACCUGUAAAUACACUGUACUGAUGUGAAACGUGGCCUUAAAUGGUAAUGCACUAUUAAAACCUUACAGUCAGCCAGAAGGGGACCGGCCAAGCCUCUCAUUCCGGCUCCUCUAGUUUUUGUCCUAGGGUUAGGGCUUUAUGAAAUACAUUUGGUUGAAUAAGAUGGAAAGACCAUAUUAAAAUGCAUAGCAUUUACAUGCCUCAUGAAGGAAUACUAGAAUCAUUGAACAUAAAAUGUAGGGCUGUGAAAAUUAAUGCGUUAGUGAUUCAUUAAAAAUGCUUAAUGCCGUUAAUUCUUUUGUCGCCAUUUUUGCCUUCCAAUCAUCCAUAGUUAGUGUUUGACAUGGGCGGGAGCGGUAACUUUCUGAUUUGCAGCAGUGCAGGUAACGUUAUUGACACUUGACUGGUGUUGGAGUUGUACGGAGAGCCUCACAUUAACUUUUUUCUAUACAACAAUGGAGAGUAGCCUGUCAUAAAUUGUGUUUACUCGCCACAUGUUUGUGAAUCCUGCCCAAUAUCACUUUCAUACUUGUUCAUUAGAACACAGUCUGUGCUGUUCCAAGUUGCUGGAAAUUGGAACAGCCAUGCCUCCCCUCUCACCCUUUUCUGGUCCUGUGCUAAUCCACUUGUUACCUUGCAUUUAGCAUGGUAAGUUAUGCUUAUUUUAUGUUAUUGCUAGCCUAAGCUAAGUAUAAUGUCAUAGCCAGUUGCAUUUCCACCAAACUAUAUUAUUAUAGCGGAAUCAUUGCUGUGCAAAUUAAAUUACAGAUUUCUCCUGUUUAUUGUUUUGGUUAAACAUCUCUCUUGCCUUUGCCUAUUUAAGUAACCAAACUUAUAUUACGUUUAGUUGAAUUAUGGAAUAAUAAUAUAAAAAUAUACAUAUUUGGUUGUGGCCAAACACCUUUCAGAAUAGCUAAUUGUUUCCAGGCCCUCACAUGAAUGCAAAUUCUGCCCGUCAUUGUGGUAAUUUAAGGGGAGACCUUGUUCUAAUGGACCAACUAGGAAAAAUACAGCUUAUGCAAUUUAAUUUCAAAUCAAGCACAGUCCAUACUUCACAAUAAAACAUAUGUAUUUAACAUAAUGUUCUUAUGGAGAAAUUUAAACAGAAAUUUUUAUAUUUAUACAAAUUUGAACACUAAAACUGAAACUCUACAACUGCAAUGAAUCCCAAUUAAAGUGGGGAGAACAAGCAGGUUUGGCAGGUUUUCCUACUUACAAAGCAUGUACAUUAUCAUUUGUACACUUCA